GGGACUAGCCCGAAAGCGUACCACACUGCCUGAUCCGAGUUUGAAAUAUCUUCCGACUAAUGCCAGGGAUAGACCAAUCAUCUGUUACGGCCCACCAUGUAAACCAUGUAAACUGAUAAUUUAGUUCCCAGUGGGAAUCGAAUCCAGUAGUGGGUACACACCAAACCCCAAGAGAUUGCCGCCAGGUACCGCAGCUUGGUUGAGACGACUGUUCUUCGCCCUAAAGAUCAAAACUUUGCUGAAACGAAGAUCGACUCUGUACUCGCCACCAGUCAUCACUCUCUUCUUUCCUCCUCUCAUGUUUAGUUUGAUUCUAGAGACUUAGUUUAAAGGGUGAAGCAAAGCUUCAUUUUAAUGGAGAUUGAUCUCGAAAUGUCAUCAGAAGAAUGUGAUGAUGAUCAAAGGAUCAAUAAAGGUCUAGAGUUUGAAUCCAAAGAGGAAGCCUUUGAGUUCUACAAAGAAUACGCUAAAUCUAUCGGUUUCAACACCAUUAUAAAAGCUAGCCGUCGUUCAAGAAUGUCUGGGAAGUUCAUCGACGCCAAGUUCGUCUGUACACGCUACGGAACCAAGAAAACAGAUGAAGAAGAAGAAGAAGACAUAAACAUCCCUCAAGCGAGAAAACGCGGUAGAAGAAUCAACCAUUCUUCCUCCAAAACUGAUUGUAAAGCGUGCUUACACGUCAAGAAAAGACAAGAUGGGAGGUGGGUGAUUCGGGCUUUGGUCAAGGAGCAUAACCACGAGACCUUCCCCCCUGGUCAAGUUAGUUCCAUAAGAGAUUCUUAUGGGCGGGAAAGAGAGAUGAAGAAGAGCAGAAAGUUUCAAGCUUUGGAGGGUGGAGACGUUGAGAGACUCCUAAGCUUCUUUACGGAUAUGCAAGCUGAGAAUCCUUUCUUCUUCUACUCCGUUGAUCAGUGUCUAAGAAGCGUCUUUUGGGUUGACGCAAAGGGGAGACUGGACUACGCUUGUUUCUCUGAUGUUGUGUCUGUAGACACUACGUUCGUUAAGAACGAGUAUAAGCUUCCUCUUGUGGCUUUUAUUGGAGUUAACCACCACGGACAGUUCUUGUUGCUUGGUUGUGGACUGUUAUUAGACGAUGAGUCUACUAAAUCUGGAUUCGUUUGGCUUUUUGGGGCAUGGUUAAAGGCGAUGAACGGACGUCAACCUAGAGUUAUACUCACCAAACACGACCAGACCCUCAAAGAAGCUGUUUCAGAAGCUUUGCCAGCGUCUAGACAUUGUUUUAACACGUGGGAUACUCUUGGUCAGAUGUCUGAGAAGGUUGGUCAAGGCUUUGUAGAUGAGAUAAACGAAGUUAUCUACGGUUCUUGCAAGGGAGAUGAGUUUGAAGAGAGAUGGUGUGAGGUGGUUGAUAGGUUUGAUGUGAGGGACAAUGUUUGGAUUCAAUCUCUGUAUGAAGAUAGAGAACAUUGGGUUCCUGUGUAUAUGCAAGAUGUUUCUCUAGCGGGGAUGUGUAGUGCAGAUUCUGUUUUGGAUAAGUACAUUCAAAGGAAGACCACUUUGAGAGCGUUUCUUGAUCAGUACAAGAGGAUGGUACAAGAGAGGGUUGAAGAGGAAGAGAAGGCUGAGAUCGAGACGUUGUGUAAACAGCCUGGUUUGAAGUCUCCUUCACCGUUUGGGAAGCAGAUGGCUGAGCUGUACACGCGUGAGAUGUUCAAGAGGUUUCAGGUUGAGGUGUUGGGAGGCGUUGCUUGUCAUCCGAAGAUAGAAAGCGAUGAUGGUAACAACAAGAAGAUGACUUUCAGGGUUCAAGACUAUGAGCAGAACCGUGGGUUCGUUGUGGUGUGGAGAUCUGAAUCAUCUGAAGUUGUCUGUUCGUGUAGGUUGUUUGAGUUCAAAGGGUUUCUUUGUAGACACGCGAUGAUUGUUCUGCAGAUGUCUGGAGAACUUAGUGUUCCUUCUCGGUAUGUGUUGAAUCGUUGGAGAAAAGAUGCGAGAAGGAGAGAAGCGGUUGUGUCUGAUCUGAUCGGUGGUGGUUCAAGUAAGGCUCAGCGGUAUACGGAUCUUUGUCUCCGGUCUUUGAAGUUGAGUGAGGAAGCAUCUUUAUCUGAAGAGAGCUAUAACACUGUGAUGAAUGUGCUGAAUGAAGCUUUUAGAAAGUGUGAGAUCACAAGUAAUGUGAUCCACAGUGUUGAAGAGUCAGACUCUGAUGCAGCUCAUGAAGAACAUAACAACAACAACUCAUUUAAUGAGAAUGUGGCUGACACAGGACAGGAACAUUCAUUACAAGAAGCCUGGAAAGAAACUGAUUUGCAAGAACAAAGACACCGGUACUCGAUUCUUGACGACUACCUCAGCGCUCAACAAGUGUCACAUGAAAUGGGACAAAUCAGCAUGAUGGCCUCAAACCGAAAUGGAUAUUCUACUUCCCAUCAAAACAUACACUCACUGGGACAAUCCAUAACACAGCAAAGGCUUUAUGAAACUGUACGUUGUUCACUGAAUCAAGUCUGCAUAACCUCAAAUAUUUAUUUCAUAGGUGAGCUUUUGAGCUGGUUUAAUUAAAAUUUAAUGUUGAAAAUUAUGGCAGGAUCAAUUAAGUUUCAGACCAGAUCAAGUUAUGUAUGAAAGACUUCAGGACAUGG